AUGUCAAAUGUAGGCCAUUGAGAAAAUCGAUCUCGAUCUCGGCUUGGAUGGUGCUGACUUGUACCUCGCUUCUCCUCUCCGGUCGAUCACCUCGUUCGUUGGUUGGCUCCCGUCGUCGCUGACCUCCAUCGCCGGUGACCUCAUCGCCACCGCCACGUGAUCCGUACACGCUUCUGCCCGACUCUACCCGGCGACACAUUUCCGCCCUCGCAACUUGCGCACACAGACAUACUCCAACCCGGUCCAGAAACGUCGCCGUGAACCCCAGCAGCAACAUGGGCUGCACCUCCCCUCCGCCUCGUCGCUGCUGCUCAGGUCCCUCCAGUUCGGUACCGCGCUCGUGCUCGCGCUCGUGCUCGCCCUGGGAGCCUACAUCACCUUCUACCAGACCGUGCGCAUCAAGGAUCUCGGAGGACGACACCGUGUAGAUCUACAGUACGGCCACUACAGGACCCCGUACGCCUCGAUUCAACUUCCCCCCGGCAAGUACGAUCAAUCGACUCAGCCUUACGAUGUGCAGCUCGAACUGGUCGUGCCCUUGACCCCGAGGAACCUCGCUAUCGGCAAUUUCAUGGUCUCGCUCGAACUACGCGCUCAAGAUGGAGCGACCCUGAUCAACGUCUCCAGACCGGUUAGUCCCGCGCUAUCCGGAAACUCCCCGAUUCGUUCACCGAAACUGACGACUCGAGUUCGAUCCGGCAGGCCUCGCUCCGACAACCCGAUUCGUCCUUCUUCUCCACAUCGCUGCCCCACGUACCCCUGCCCGAACCUUCGACCUCGCUCCUCUUCAAGCCCUUCAAAUGGGCCAUCUACUUGAUCCCCAACCCCUUUGCCUGGAUACUCCGUCGUGGCAUCUCCGAGCAAUCGAAAAAUAACAAGAAAUUUCAGCCGCUCGAGACCGAGCACGUCAUCGUGCCUCUUGUAUCCCAUUCGGCCCUUCGCCCUCAUCGAUCCACCUUCCGAACCGUCGCAAUCGAGGUUGGAAGGAGGGAUGCCCAUCUCCAAAAGGGCGAGUGCCGUACCAAUUUCGGGCAAGCAGCCAAGUGGGACGCCGAGGGCGAGCUGCACGUCUACGAGAGCUGGUUGGGUCUGCAAGCCCAUCUGACCGGAUUGAGGUGAGUCGCGUACGACUGAAGUCCAAGUCAAUCUUGACCUAUCGCUGAACUUUGACUUGAAUUUGCAUACGCAGGUACCUCCUGCACUACCACCCCUACCUCUCGUUCCUCACCUUCUUCCCGCUCUUUCUCUUUGUCGAGCUCUCGAUCGCGUUCCUCGUCUGGAUCGGAUUCGUCAUCUCCAAGGAUCCAUCCAAGUCGACUACUUCGAUCGGGGGCAAGAGGCCACCCCCACCUCCGGGUCCCGCGUCGAGGUUGUACGAUACGACCGAGGCUGAGGAUAGUAAAGUAGGAAUCAAGCACGAGCACGACGAUGACGAGGACCUUAUGGCGGCGACGGACGAUGGGUCCAUAACGCCUAGUGCGACGGUGAGUCUCACUCCUAGCGGGAGUGGGAACGGCACCUCGUACGGUGAGGGAGAAGACGAGGGCGAUCGAUCGAGUCGCUUCGACACGGCGAGGAGGGUGGGGAUGGUCGAUAUUUCGGGCUCGAGUCAGAGGGACGAGGAGGAGAGCUUUGGCAAUGGGACCGAGGAUGGGUUGGAGAGUGCUAGCCAGGUUGGGGUCAGGGUGGGAGGAGGGGAGGUGGGACAAGGAAUCAAGAGUGAGGAGGGGGAUGAUAUGGUUACGCUCGGUGGGGUGAGUCUUCGCUGAAUCGCUCUGAGCUCUCCGACCCGGCUUCGUCGGCUAAUUCAGCUCUUUCACCUCUUUAGAGUGAAACCACACGAGCGACGGGCACCAGUUUCGGUCCUUCCCUCGCGGCGACCAGUGCAACAACGGCGACGGAGACCAGUUCGAGUCGCGUUAGGAGUAGGCUGGGUGGGGUUGCCAAAGAGGAGGACGAUUGA